AUGGGAUUUUCUUUGAAAUAUGCUUCUGAUAGAUUGAGGGAUGAUAAAGAGGUGGUUAUGGAAGCAGUUUCGAAUGGAUAUGAAUUGUUUAAUGUAUCUGAUAGGUUGAAAUCUGACAAGGAUGUCGUGUUAAAAGCACAACAAACUUUUGAAAAGGCAUAUUUGUUAGCACCACAACAUUUAAAAUAUGACUUUGAUAUUAAGGCAGCAAGAUAUGAAUUUAACACAAGAGGAAUUGCCAAAUGUCAUGACAGAAAUCAAAUUUUAAGAUUAAUUGAAACAAAAGGAUAUUUAUUUAGUUAUGCCAAACCGAAAUUCAAAAAUGAUAAGGAAAUUAUUUUAAAAUUCAUUGAAAUUAAUGCGUGGCAAGCUGUAGAAAAUGCAUCACCUCAAUUAAAAGAUGAUUCGGAUAUAAUUAGGAAAUCAGUGGAGAACUGUGGAUUAACUAUUCGAUUGGCAUCCGAAAGAUUGAAAAAUAAUAAGGAAAUUGCACUCAUAGCAAUGAAGACGAGUGCUUGUAAGGCAAUAAUGGAUAUUUCUGAUAAUCUUAGACAAGACAGAGAGUUUUUAAUAGAGGUUGUUUCGUAUGGAUCUAUUCUAAAUGAACAUUCCUCAAUCGAGUUGAAAAGUGACAGGGAAUUAAGGAAUCGGUAA